GUCAUCUUCCCUCGACAAGUGCGGUGCGACUGGAUGUAAACAAAACCUGUUCCGCCUCAACAGAGUAACAGUGGAAUUAAAGUGUUUAUAUUUUGAUCGUUUUUCUGGAGGAGCAGCAGGUAGAGGAGGAGUCGUUCACCUCCUCGCUAUGUCUCCUCGGACGCUGCAGCAGCUCGUAGCCGCCGCUGCCUCUCUGUACCCGGACAGAGCAGCGGUCACAUACAGCGGCUCAGUGUCUGGAGCUCCGGAGACUCUGCUCUACAGAGAUGUGGCUCAACUCGCUGGUGAACUCUCUGGAAUUCUACAGAAGAAUUGUUCUCCCAACAACGGCCUGAUCGGGCUGUACGGCGGAGAAGAUGUCCUUAUACCGGUGUGGAUUCUGGGGAUCCUGCAGUCAUCUGCUGCUUACGUCCCACUGGACCCAGAAGCUCCUGGACUUCUGUCUGCCAGAGUCAUGAGCCAGUGUGGCCUCAAGUACUGUGCUGUAAAGACGGACCUGCUGCAGCAAUUCCAGACAGCUCUCGUCGAACAUGCAACUGUGGAGGUUUGUGUGGAGCUGCCCAAGUUCAAACUGACCCUGAUACGAAACGGGCAUCUGCCAGUCACUGAGCAUAAACGAGGCUCGAGAUCUCCAACAUCAGAUGAUGCAGUUGACGCUGGCUGCACGGAUUUGGCCUAUGUGCUGCACACAUCUGGAACAACAGGCCUUCCAAAGACCGUGAGGGUUCCACACAAGUGUAUACUCCCAAAUAUACUCCAUCUGAGGUCUUUGUUUCAGAUGCGUGCAGAUGAUGUGGUUUUCCUCGCCUCUCCUUUAACCUUCGACCCUUCUGUGGUGGACAUUUUUCUGGCUUUAUCAUCUGGGGCUCGACUCCUCAUUGUCCCUGCGCUGAUCAAGAAAAUGCCCAACCGAUUGGCUCAGCUGCUGUUCAAAGAUCACAAGGCGACCGUCCUACAGGUCACUCCCACUGUGCUGCUGCGCUUUGGCCAUCGUAUUCUGAAACAGGAUGUGUUGUCGUCUGACUCCUCACUGCGGGUUUUGGCUCUGGGUGGAGAAGCCUGUCCAUCGCCGGCUCUGCUGAGGAGCUGGAGACACGAGGACAAUAAGACCUGCAUCUACAACAUCUAUGGUGUUACUGAGGUUUCCUGCUGGGCCUGCUGUUACCAAAUACCAGAAUCUCUGCUGCAAUCCAGCAACAUCACGAUGCCCUCUGUGCCGCUUGGGUCUCCUCUGAUGGACACGGUAGUGGAAGUCAGAGAUGAACGUGGCUGCGUAGUUACAGAGGGUGAAGGACAAGUGUUCAUAGGUGGAGAGGACAGAGUGUGUCUCCUGGACGAUGAGGAUGCUGUUGUUGCCGGGACGAUGAGAGCGACUGGAGACUGGGCGACUGUUGAAGACGCUCAGCUGUACUAUCAGGGGAGGAAGGACAGAAUGCUCAAACGCAACGGAAAACGGCUGAACUUGGACGGCUUGCAGCAGCUCUUGCUGAGCCUCCCUCAGGUGGACGCCUGUGCUGUGGGUCUGUACGAAGGCGUUCGACUUCUCGCCUUCAUCGUGGCUUCAACAUCUGGAGACCAUACAGCAGCUUCUACCUCCUCGUCAGUGCAGCAGCAUGCAGAACAAACUCCCUCAGCUUUAACAGAGCAUCAGGAGAAGCCGCCCUCUUCUACUGAACACCACGUGGAGGAGAACGGUGCAGACAGAGAUCUGAAAAGGGUCAUUCUGAGCCAGCUGUCUCUGCUGCUGCCUCCUCACAGCGUUCCCGACACUCUGGUGCUCGUCCCGGCAUUAUGUCUGACUCCUCAUGGCAAAGUAGACAUGGAGGCACUUGUGAAAAUAUAUGAAAGAAAGAGGAAGCCUUUAAAGUCUUCAUGGGAAGAUGCGAGCAAACUAAAGCAAACUCUUCAGGCUUUGUGGCAGGAUACUUUAGGUCUCGCUGCAGAUGCGACCCUCGACGAAGAAUCUAACUUCCUGUUCAGUGGAGGAGAUUCUCUGAAGGCACUGCGUCUCUCUGAAGACAUCCACUCUGCUGUUGGAGUCACCUCACCGGAGCUUUUGGCGGUUAUACUUGAUGGGACAUUCGCCGAUGUUCUGCACCAUGUCGCCAAACUAACACAGAUGCUUUCGCCUGAGAGCAUCUCCUCACCACCGUCCGAGGCCAAGAAACGAUGCACUGAUCCUCCCUCUGUGGCUCCUGUGAAGAAGAAGCGCAAAGAUUUUACAGCAGCCGAGAGGUUUCAGGCGGAGAAACGAGCUGUUAAAGUUAUAAGACGAGCAGGCGAGAUUAUAGAGCUCAACUUCAGGAAUACAGAGAAUAAUAAGUCCAUACAAGCCGACAAACUUGGAGAAAUUAAUUCUGGCAAUAAACAUACAGACGUCGAUGUGGGUCUCAGUCUGAGCUGGUCCUCAGAUACAGGCAGAUGUGUGGAUGCCUCUCCAGUGCUCCUAGUAGAAGAUGAGGCAAAUCAGAGGUCAAAAACAACAGUGUUCAUCGGCUCGCACUCUCACAGGAUCCAGUCUUUAGACCUGACCACUGGGAGCCUUCUGUGGGAGCGAGUUCUGGGGGACAGAAUCGAGGCCUCAGUUGCCGUGUCUCACUGUGGAAGUCUCGUUAUCGUGGGUUGCUAUGACGCCUGUGUGCACUUCUUGUGUGCCAAAUCUGGAAAGACGAGGUGGACAUUUGAGACGGGAGACGCAGUGAAGAGCUGUCCUGCUGUGGAUCCACAGACCGGUCUGGUUAUAGUGGGAUCACACGACGGGAAUGUUUACGCCCUGAACCCACAGGCUCGACAGUGUGUCUGGAAGCGUCACUGUGGAGGCGGAGCUGUGUUUUCUUCUCCACACCUGAGCUCGUCCCUCAGAAGGCUUUAUGUGGCGACGCUGGGAGGACGUCUGCUCUGUUUAAACCCUGGCAGUGGAGACGUCUUGUGGUCGUACUGUACAGACGUUCCUCUCUUCUCGUCGCCCAGCAGCUGCUCAGGUCACGUUGUUAUCGGCUCAGUGGACGGAAACAUCUGCUGCAUCAGCAACUCGGGGAAACUGCUGUGGCGGUUUCUAACAAAGGCUCCGGUCUUCUCGUCUCCGUGCGUCACUCCAGACCAGCAGAAGCUUCUGUGCGGAUCACAUGAUGGCCGCCUGUACUGUCUGAACUGCGCGGACGGCUCUUUAGUUUGGACUUUUCAGACCACAGGGAAGGUUUACUCCUCUCCCUGUGUGUUUGGUGGCUCCGCUGUGGGCAGGACGGGGGCUCUGGUGGGUUUGGCCUCCACAGACGGCUCAGUGUGGAUCCUGGACGGACAAAAUGGACAAAUGCUGGCCUCAUUCGCUUUGCCCGGAGAGCUGUUUUCAUCCCCAGUGGUGUGGAAGCAGUCUCUUGUAAUUGGGUGUCGUAACGAUUAUGUGUACUGUUUGAAACUGACCAUCGAAGAGAAGACAUAGAUGGAUUUAAUGUGUCUCCCUCUGCACUGGUUUUUAUAAUAAACACUUGUUUAUUCCGAUGCUAAUUCCGAAUAAACUAAUUCCUGUGUACGUUCUA